CAGUGACGCGCGGAGCGUGCUGCAGCCCCGUGACGCGCUUUGUUGAUAUUGCGGCUAGCUCGGGGGUUGAGUGGUUCUCCGUCGCCCCCUUUUAUUUUUUUGAUGGUUUGUUUUGUUUAUUUCGCCUUCGGACGCCCACCCCCAGGCUGCUCUUUGUUUUAUUAUACCUUUGUGGCUUUGGCAAGUCAUUAGCUGAUGAUUCGAGCCAUGUAGUGCGUAGCUCCGUGUCAUUGAUUCCAGCGGGGAUUGCAGGCGGCUCCGGUCAGGGUGUGCGCUGGUCGGCGGAGAACGGCACUUUAUAUAUUUAUUUAUUUGGCCAUAAUCCUCGUGCACUUGUCGCCUAUCGGGGAGUCACACUGUCCUUGGUCACGUUAGGGCCCCGGUAAUGUCGUAAUGUAAUCUCGCGCUUCACGCGGACGCUCCUGUUGUUUUUGCCUUCGCAGCGCGUAUGCAUCCACGACGCCACCUGUGAAGAUGUGGGUGCAUCCCGACGAGGUACUGCUGGCCAACGCGCUGUGGUUCACCGAGAGAGCCAACCCUUACUUCAUCCUGCAGAGGAGGAAGGGACACGGAGAAGGCGGCGGCGGACUGGCAGGCCUUCUGGUGGGAACCCUAGAUGUGGUAUUGGACUCCAGUGCAAGAGUGGCACCGUACAGAAUACUGUACCAAACACCUGAUUCCCUGGUUUACUGGGCAAUUGCAUGUGGUGGAUCAAGGAAGGAGAUAACUGAACACUGGGAGUGGCUGGAACAAAACCUGCUGCAAACACUCUCCAUCUUUGAAAAUGAGAAUGACAUUACUACCUUUGUCAAAGGAAAAGUUCAGGGUAUCAUAGCGGAGUAUAAUAAAAACCAUGACAUCAAAGAUGAUGAUGAUACAGACAAGUUCAAGGAGGCAACUGUUAGAUUUCGCAAGCUCUUUGGAAUGCCAGAAGAAGAAAAGUUGGUUAAUUACUACUCCUGCAGCUACUGGAAGGGUAAAGUGCCCAGACAAGGAUGGCUCUACCUCAGCAUUAAUCACCUAUGCUUCUAUUCAUUUCUUCUGGGAAAAGAGGCAAAAUUAGUAAUCCGAUGGGCAGAUAUCACUCAGCUGGAAAAAAAUGCAACUCUGCUUCUUCCUGAAAUUAUCAAAGUGAGCACUAGAUCUACUGAGCAUAUAUUCUCCGUCUUCCUUAACAUCAGUGAGACAUUCAAGCUGAUGGAGCAACUAGCCAACAUUGCAAUGAGACAGCUACUUGACAAUGAAGGCUUUGAGCAAGACAGGUCUCUGCCUAAACUGAAGAGGAAAUCACCCAAGAAGGUUUCUGCACUAAAAAGGGACCUUGAUGCAAGAGCUAAAAGUGAAAGGUACAGAGCCCUUUUUCGACUCCCCAAAGAUGAAAAAUUGGAUGGACACACAGAUUGUACACUGUGGACCCCUUUUAAUAAAAUGCACAUUGUGGGCCAGAUGUUUGUCUCCACUAAUUACAUCUGCUUCACAAGUAAAGAAGAAACCUUGUGCAGCCUUAUUAUUCCACUUAGAGAGGUGACAAUCGUGGAGAAGGCAGACAGUUCAAGUGUGCUGCCAAGUCCACUGUCUAUCAGCACUAAAAACAGAAUGACCUUUCUCUUUGCUAACCUCAAAGACCGCGAUUUUCUGGUCCAGAGGAUUUCUGACUUUCUACAGCAGACAACGUCCAAAAUGUACUUUGAGAGGGAGAUCAUAGGCAGCUUCAGCAGUUCUGAUGAUGAGGUAUAUUCAAGGCAGAGUAGUUUGCUUUCCAGUAGUCCACAGAGGAGCCUUGGAUCUGAAGCUGAUGGAGAGCGCCAGUUUAACCUGAAUGAUAACAGUGUGCCAACUGCCACUCAGGCACUGAUGACAAUGUAUCGAAGAAGGUCUCCUGAGGAAUUUAACCCUAAACUGGCUAAAGAGUUUUUGAAAGAACAAGCAUGGAAGAAUCAUUUUGCAGAGUAUGGCCAGGGUGUAUGCAUGUACCGCACAGAAAAGACCAAAGAACUUGUGCUGAAAGGUAUUCCAGAAAACAUGAGGGGAGAAUUGUGGCUACUGUUUUCAGGAGCUGUAAAUGAAAUGGCCACACACCCUGGUUAUUAUGAAGAUUUGGUAGAGAAGUCAAUGGGAAAAUAUAACCUAGCCACAGAGGAGAUUGAGAGAGAUCUUCAUCGCUCUUUGCCUGAACAUCCUGCAUUUCAAAAUGAAAUGGGAAUCGCUGCUUUGAGAAGAGUGUUGACUGCUUAUGCUUUCAGGAACCCAAACAUUGGAUAUUGCCAGGCCAUGAAUAUUGUUACAUCAGUUCUCUUGCUCUACGCUAAAGAGGAAGAGGCUUUCUGGUUGCUAGUGGCUCUGUGUGAGAGAAUGUUACCAGACUACUACAAUACAAGAGUUGUGGGUGCUUUGGUGGACCAAGGAGUGUUUGAAGAGCUGGCCAGGGACAAUGUGCCACAGCUGUACGACUGUAUGCAGGAUCUGGGAGUGAUUUCCACCAUCUCCCUGUCCUGGUUCCUCACACUUUUUCUAAGUGUCAUGCCAUUUGAGAGUGCUGUGGUAGUGGUGGACUGCUUUUUUUAUGAUGGAAUUAAAGUUAUUUUCCAACUGGCCCUUUCUGUGUUAGAUGCAAACAUUGACAAACUACUCAACUGUAAAGAUGACGGAGAGGCCAUGACUGUCCUAGGGAGGUACCUUGAUAGUGUUACCAACAAAGACAGUACGCUACCACCCAUUCCUCAUCUUCACUCCCUCCUUACUGACAAUGGAGAGCCGCAUCCAGAGGUAGACAUCUUUAAGCUUGUGCAAAGUUCCUAUGAAAAAUUUGGGUGCAUCAGAGCAGACGUGAUUGAACAGAUGCGCUUCAGACAGAGACUGAGAGUUAUCCAGACCAUUGAAGACACUACAAAGCGCAAUGUUGUACGGACCAUAGUCACUGAAACAGCAUUUACCACUGAUGAACUGGAGGAGCUGUAUGUUCUAUUUAAGACUGAACAUUUGACAAGUUGCUACUGGGGUGGAAACAGUAACCCAAUGGACAGACACGAUCCCAGCCUCCCAUAUCUGGAACAGUACCGAAUUGACUUUGAACAGUUUAAAGGCCUCUUCUGUCUGCUUUUCCCUUGGUCUUGUGGAACACACUCGGACUCCCUGGCGAAACGCUUUUUCAGAUUGCUUGAUCAAAAUGGGGAUUCUUUCAUAAAUUUCAGAGAGUUUGUUACAGGGCUGAGUGUGCUGUGCCAUGGUGAUUUGACACAAAAGCUCAAACUGUUGUACAGAAUGCACGUUCUCCCAGAGCCAAAUUUGGAACACGAUGAACCUGAUUCUGCAUUUGAAGCCACUCAGUACUUUUUUGAAGAUUUGACUCCAGAACACUCACUUGGGCAAGAUUCUAGGCAUAAGAAUGACAAGGAUGAUGGCUUUGUCAGUGUCACUUUUAAAACGGAGAAAAUUAAAAAGACGCACACUCCAGACUAUCGCACAUACUUGAAGCUUUGGAAACAAGAAACCAACACAAAAAUAGAAAACAUGAAAGAUUUGCCUCGAUUAAAUCAGGAGCAGUUUAUUGAACUAUGCAAGACCCUCUACAAUAUGUUCAGUGAGGACCCCAAUGAGCAAGAGCUAUAUCAUGCCACGGCUACCGUCACUAGCCUGCUACUGGAGAUUGGCGAAGUUGGCAAACUGUUCUGUAGUCCAUCUGACAAAGAGGACGGUGGCAUCUUGAAAGAUAACUGCCUCUGCCAGUCUGGACAGACCUCUCUUUUCCAUCAGACACCGCAUGGAGAGCAGUUUCUCUCUGGACCGAAUCCUGCAGGUAACGAUGAAUCUACACUUUGUGGGAGCAGUCUUGGCGACGAACAAGCUGUGUGCUCUCAAAUGGAGGACAUCAAAUUGGAGGACUCUUCUCCAAAGGACCAUGGCAUGUCUUCGGCCAUGCUCAUUUCAGAUGACGAGACCAAGGAUGAUACUUCCAUGUCCUCCUAUUCGGUGCUAAGUGCUGGCUCUCAUGACAUGGAUGAGAAGCUACAAUGUGAGGACAUUGCUGAGGACACGGUCCUGGUGCGCAACAACCUCGGGCCAACCUUGCCUCACAGCACCAGCAUUGACAAAGACUGGGCCAUCACCUUUGAGCAGUUCUUGGCAUCAGUGCUGACAGAGCAGGCAUUGGUGGCGUACUUUGAAAAGCCUGUGAUUAUCAUGUCUCGGAUCACAAAUGCCAAGAAUGUCCGAAAGGGUGGAAGACAGGUCAUGUCUGCCAGCGACUACGAAAUCUCCUCCCUCUCCGGUUAACCUGAAUAUCAUCGAGUCUUCAGAAGGAAACAAAUUGGUCACAUUGAAAUGCCAGUAGUUAAGAUGUGCCUGCCACUCCCAGUGAAAAGGUUAGGAAUGUAUCAAAACUGAGAAAAGCUUUUAACACUUUUUAUGACUGAACCUUGGUAUUUUAUUAAGCGUAAAGUUGUAGCAUAUGUUUUAUUCAAUCAGAAUCCAACCUCUAGAAUAAGAUGGAGAAUGAAAUCUUUAUCUAUAGCCUCCCGAAUUAGCUUGUUCUACUUUAUAGAAUAAUAGGAGUUAUUACUUACCUCUUAGAGGCCAAAACAGAAGUGUAUCCUCAAGUAGUCAUCUGUACACGUCCACCACCACUUGUGUGUGUGUAUGUAUAUGUGUGUAUAUAUAUAUAUAUAUAUAUAUAUAUAUAUAUAUAUAUAUAAAGCUAAUUAACAUAAAAAAAAACGGCUGAGCAUUCUUUACGUUUUGAAUUUCUGUCCAGUCACUCAGUACUUCUGUGAUUUGACGACGUAUCAUAUGAUAAACCAUAUCACUUUCUAUACAUCGACCAAUUAUAUUAGAACUGAGCUGAUAUAAUCAACUUUAUUAAAAACUCGAGCACCUGCACUUUGAUUCACUAAUUCUGUUUACUUUACGUUUUCUUCAUUUUCUGAGGGGGGUCUUUUUCCCCCCUUGCUUAUUACUACUGGAUCAUUCCUGAUAUUUGAGUAAAGUACUCAUGAUGUUUUUUUUAAAGUAUUUUAUUUAUGUUAAUAUUAUUAUUGCUAUUAUUGUUAUAAUGUGUUACUUUUUUUGCUGUAGAACUCAAGCUGCUGUUUUUAUUUCAAUGUAAUGUCCGAAAAUAUUUUUAGUGUUACCAAUGUGGUUAUGCCACGGAAUAAAGAUUAAAAAAAAAAGGGGGGGAAAAAAUAAACUGUUAAGUCCCUCA